AUGAAGAGUGGCCCAGCGAAAGCGCUCGAAAGGAAGAGUUUUGCAGCGAUCACGCCACCUGGACCUCUUCGAGAUCCUGUUACUAAACUUGCCCGGCUAAAGCCAAAUCAGCCAGAGCCUACGGUGAAGGAGGCUGCCAUCCUGGGAGGUGAUGGUGCUCCCAAGGGGCGUCAACUCUUCGUGUUGCUCUCAUGGACUGGCCUGUGGUAUGCCCAGAAAUUACCAGUGUCAGGAAUUGCAGACAACAAAGCUGCCAAGUUGAAACGCGCGCCUGGCUGGUGGGGGGCCAUCAUCACCCAGAUGACCAACCCCAAGGCAGACGAGGGCUGGGCGCCCAGCGCCGGGGAGAAAGCUUUCCAGAGCAGUGUCAGCUUGAAGAAACAGAGGAGCCACAGCAUCCUCAGCUCCUUCUUCUGCUGCUUCUGGGACUAUAAUGUGGAUGCCCCACCAGCUAGCAGCACCAAUGUGCUCCUGCCCCUGCUGGAGGAGAAUGGUGGGCUUCAGAAGGGUGACCAGAGGCAGGUCAUUCCCAUCCCAAGUCUACCAGCUAAGUACCUCCUUCCAGAGGUGACAGUGCUUGACUAUGGAAAGAAAUGUGUGGUCAUUGAUUUAGAAGAAACAUUGGUGCACAGUUCAUUCAAGUCUAUUAGUAAUGCCGAUUUUAUAGUUCCGGUUGAAAUCAAUGGAACUAUACAUCAGGUGUAUGUGCUGAAGCAGCCACAUGUGGACGAGUUCCUCCAGAAGAUGGGGCAGCUCUUCGAAUGUGUGCUCUUUACUGCCAGUUUGGCCAAGUAUGCAGACCCCGUGGCUGACCUGCUUGAUCGCUGGGGCGUGUUCCAAGCCCGACUCUUCUGUGACUCAUGUGUUUUCCAUCGCAAAAAUUACGUGAAGGACCUGAGUCGCCUUGGUCGGGAGCUGAGCAAAGUGAUCAUUGUUGACGAUUCUCCUGCCUCGUACAUCUUCCACCUGAGAUUGCCCUAG